AUGUUGCCCUUGCUCUCCAGGCGGCAGCGAGAAGCUAAGUCUGCCCGCCCCGUCAAUUCUUCAGAGCUCCCCGGCCAUGAGGGCGGCGGCGGCGGCGGCGGCGGCGGCACUGUAAGCACCAGCUCGCGGAGCCUGCCGAGCCAGCGGCUGCCCAAAUGCGCGCGCUGCAGGAACCACGGCGUGGUGUCCAGCCUCAAGGGCCACAAGCGGCUGUGCCGCUGGCGGGAGUGCGCGUGCACAGCGUGCUCGCUGGUGCUCGAGAGGCAGCGCGUGACGGCCGCGCAGGUGGCGUUGAGGAGGCACCAAGACCAGGUGGCCGGCCAGGUUAAGAAAGGCAUGAGGAGCAGUGAAUGUUCAGUUUCUGGCCACAGAUUAAACUUCCAUUGCAAGACCAAGCACACUGCCAGGUUGUUGGCUAGACACUCACCGGAAGCAAAUAAUCCACCCUCCCAGGAAACAGAACAUUGCCUUUCUAGCCUCAGUGCAAGAAUGAGGAAAAGAAGGGCAUUUGCAGACAAGGAGUUGGAAUCAAUAAUGCUUGAAAGGGAACUUCAACAAAGAACCUUUGAUGGAUUUGCUACCCAUCAGAGAAGACAGCUGCUGAGCAGAGAGCGUUUACCAGCCCUUGAGGAAAAUGUAUUCCAAAGUGGACAUGAUUACCUUAAUUACUUGACAUGCGUUAACUCUGGUAUGUUGAAUAUUUGUUUUCCUUUGCUCCAUUCAAACACCAGGGUUCUAGACUAUGGACCUUGCAUUUAUAAAAUCACAGACACUUCUCCUUUGAAUGUAGCUUUUAUCUCAGCAAGCCAAACUGAAGGUGGCACUUCACAGAAACGCACCUGUGAGGAGAACAUGAAUAAAUACCUAAAUGUGUACAGAGAAAAUAAUUGUGACUGGAAGGAGCAAGCUCUGUCCAAUGUCUUUUCCAGAGAUCUUCUCUUAAUUGAGAAUAAUUGGAGCCCCAAAAUAAUAAAACUCCAAGCAAAUAAAGAAUUAAGAGACAUGGCAGCCAGAUACUGUAUUUUGUGCAAUCAUCAUGCCAAACAAGAAAAUCAUUAUGUUCAUGAUAUAGGUCUUGAAGUCAAGGAGGAUGUAAGGCAUUUACCUCAAGAGUGUUGCUCAGAAAUAAACAAGCAGAUACUGUCUUUUUCAGUAGAAUCUUUAUUAAAAGUUUAAAUCUAUUAUGUAGCUUGGAUGGCCAGUAUUCUUAUGAAAUAUUAAUAAGAAAAUCUCCCUAAAAACUAAAUAUUCAUAUUGUAUGUAUAACUGUAACUCUUCUGCAAGUAAUUAACAUCAUUGACUCCUGUUCCAUUU